AAAUAUAAAAAAUAAGUUUUUUGAGAAAGUUUGAGAAAAAAGAGCAUUUUCCUCGUUUCACAUCGUCAUUUUCCUUCAUGAACCCUUUAAAUUACUAAAAUUACGUGUAUUUAACCCAAAACCAGAUACACGUGAUGGCUAAAAAUACUAAAACACCUGUGAUGAUUCUCCAAGAAUUAACCGUAAAAAAAGGAUAUAACCCCCCAAAUUACGAAAUGGUUUACUCCCAACAAGGUACGCACGAAAAUACAUUUCACUAUUCGAUUUGCGUACAACAACAACAAGCGAUUGGAAUAGGGAAAUCAAAAAAGGAAGCGAAACACGAUGCCGCUCAAAAAGUAUUAGAACUAUUAGUCAACGAAGGUAUAAUCGAAGAAGAUGUGGUUAAAGAUGUUUGUAAAAUGCAACCGGAAGGUCCCGAAGCUGCUUUUACUGAUUUAAAAGCCCCCGAAAAUUGUAUUCCUAAAUUAAACGACUUAUGUGUGGAACAUAACAUCCCGCCGGUUGUUUUUAAUGAACUCUCAGUUGCUGGUGAAGCCCACGCAAGAGAAUUUACCUUCGAAUGUAAAAUAGCUUCUAUUACAACUAAAGCUACGGCUCGUAGUAAAAAACACGCAAAACAAAAGGCGGCUAAAGAUAUGUUGGACAGAAUUAUGGACUUAUUGCCGCAAAUUCGAGAAGAAAUGAAACAGUUACAAGUUGAAGAGGGUGAUUCUGAUUUAGAUGUUAUAAGUAAACAUAUUGAUAAAUAUAAAUAUAACUUGAAUUCUAAACCUAUAGAAUCAGAAUAUGUAAUAACCGAUCUUAUGGAGGAGAAAGAUGUUGAUAAAAAAGAUGUUUUAAAGUAUUUUGAAUUGGACCAUAAUGAAGAAACGCUCGAACAGUUAUUAAAAGUGCUUGAUGCAAAAUAUGAACUCGAAAUUAUUCAAGAAACGCCAAGUAUGCUUGCUGUCAAUAUUAUUACCGAGGCCCCCCUUACAAUUAUGGCAAUGGGUACAGAUUAUUCUGAUGCUCACCAAAACGUCAUUAAAAAAACUUUUCAGUACUUAAAACAUUUCGUUUGUGCGAAAUAAUUUUGAGUUACCUGUAGAAUUUUAAUAUUUUUAUUUUCUUAAAUUAUUGUUAAAUAAAAGUUUGUUUUUAUUUAAGUAAAUAAUUAAAUUUGGAUGUAACUUUUGCUCAUCGAUAUACAUUUAUUUCAUUCAA